AUGCAAAUAUUUGUAAAAACAUUGACUGGCAAAACAAUCACUUUAGAUGUAGAAUCAUCAGAUACCAUAGAUAAUGUUAAGGCAAAGAUUCAAGAUAAGGAAGGGAUUCCUCCAGAUCAGCAAAGGCUCAUUUUUGCGGGAAAGCAAUUAGAAGAUGGAAGAACUUUAGCUGAUUACAACAUUCAAAAGGAAUCAACACUCCAUCUUGUGCUAACUUUCCAUUUAUCAUUUUGCAUAAUAAGAAAUUUGUGGAAUAGAUAAUAUAUUAAUAUAAACAUACAUUUUUUAAAAAAAAAUUUAGAGUAAGGCUUAGAGGAGGAAUGCAAAUCUUUGUUAAGACCUUGACUGGAAAGACAAUUACACUUGAUGUUGAAUCUUCAGACACUAUUGACAAUGUCAAGGCUAAAAUCCAGGAUAAAGAAGGAAUUCCUCCAGAUCAACAAAGACUCAUUUUCGCUGGGAAACAACUGGAAGACGGGAGAACUCUUGCUGACUAUAACAUUCAAAAAGAAUCGACCCUCCACCUUGUACUGCGAUUAAGAGGAGGAAUGCAAAUCUUCGUUAAAACCUUAACAGGCAAAACAAUCACUCUUGACGUAGAGUCAUCCGACACUAUUGAUAAUGUAAAGGCUAAAAUCCAGGAUAAAGAAGGAAUUCCUCCAGAUCAACAAAGACUCAUUUUUGCAGGGAAGCAGUUAGAAGAUGGAAGAACAUUGGCUGACUACAACAUCCAAAAGGAGUCUACUCUUCACCUUGUGUUAAGACUUAGAGGAGGGAUGCACAUCUUUAUUAAAACAUUGACUGGCAAGACAAUUACAUUCGAUAUCGAAUCUUCAGACACUAUUGGCGACUUCAAAGCUAAAAUUCAAGACAAAGAAGGAGUCCCUCCAGAUCAUCAAAUACUAAUUUUCGAUGGAAAGCUAUUGGAAGACGGGAGAACUCUUUCAGACUACGACAUUCAAAAGGAGUCGACCAUUUCAUUUGGGAUAAGAUGCGGAUGGGGCUAUCGAGCUAAUUAA